UAUAUCAGAGGAGGCAGAGAAAGUUCAGAUAGCGAGACACAAACGAGACAGAGCAGCACAAUGGUUGACUUCAGAUGGACCGAAAUGUCUUUUUUCCUGAUCCUGGUGCUUCAGUUCACAGGAGCUCGAAGCAGACAGCUUUACUACACUGUCAGAGAGGGAGAUGAAGCCACUUUGUCUUGUGAGAAUGUGAUGGAUGAUCAGCAUAACUGUGAUAGAACCACCUGGAUCUUCAAUUACUCAAAAUUACAAGGAUCAGUUGAGUUGGUUGUUCAUGGACAAAUGAAGAAUAAGAUCAAAUCAGACAGACUGAGUGUUACAGAGAACUGUUCUCUGCUUAUAAAGAACGUUACAGUUGAGGAUGUUGGUCGUUACACCUGCAGACAGUUUGACAACAAACCAGGGGGCGAACAAAUAGGUCUUGAUGCUGUGGUUUAUCUGUCUGUUGUCACCUUGACUCAACGUAAAGACACUGAUUACGUGAUUUUCAGCUGCUCUGUGACGACAAGAGAUCGAUGCACACGCACAGUGAAGUGGCUCUUUAAGCGUCGAAUUGUAGAUAAAAAUCACCCAUACCUAAGGACAUCAAAUUCUUCCUGCUCUGCUACUGUGACCAUUCUGGCUGAUAAUUUUAAACAGUUCACACCACAUCAUAAGUUUUUUAAAUGUAGUGUAUCUGGAGCGACUGACACAGAGCAGCCAUUGACCUUCAACCUUCGUCCAUCAGGUGAGGACACAAAAACAGCAACAACAACCGCAAACAACCUGGAAGUUGGUACAAACACGAGAGGACCUACAAUAGACAACAAUACAACAAAACCACACGGUAAUGAGUCGACAAUGUUUUACUACAAUCUGUUUCUUUAUGAAU